UUAGCCCACAGGAUACCAAGUUCUAGGACUUCUAUCAUUAUGUAUGUUGUUAGCGCUGUCUGUAGUGUCUUUGUCAAAGGACUGUGUUUGUUACAGGUGUAAUGGUUUUCUAACAGCCUCCUCUGCAUGAAGUCCCAGGCAGCUCUGUGCUGUAAGAAAUUUCAUGUUCAAUGGCACUUGUAGAAACCACAAAUGGGGGAGAGAUGAGCAUUGUUACCUUGGGAGGAAGCCAGUAGAACUUGUAUAUGCAUAAAGAGCAAGGUGUUCAGUAAUGAAUUCAGUCUAUGUUCUUUAAUUAAAUUAUGUUUUAGAAGUUCUAUUUCAGGCCAGCUCUUAUGACAUCAGCACAACUUUUGGGGGGCUCUUACCCCUUUUAGUCUCAUUAAUAGACUGAGAUUUUGGAUUGGAAAACAUGGUGUAAACUAAUGGUGGAAUUCAGACUGGAGCUCUUAGAGGGUGUGGUUUAUUGUUCCUUUUCCAACUCUUAAAUAAUUCUGAAACAUUUUAACCAGCCAAAAAGAAAAAUCCCUCAAGGCUUUUUGUGCAGUUGUUUUGUUUCUCUUCUGCUACUCCCAGUAAUAUUACAUAAAUUACCUGGAAGUGGUGAAGCGUGGGUAUACUGAGCCAGAGGGUCAAAAUUUCUGGAAUUCUCGCUUCCUUAAAUAUAAGAGUGAAGCUGGGCAAUUUUUGGAAGAUAAGAAAGAAUCUGGGAGAAGUGUUAAAAAUGAAUGAUACUUUCUGUAAUUAUUGUUCUUUUCCAUAUAGGCAAAGCCAAAAAGGACAGAGGCAAACUAUGUCUCCAGGGAUUUGUAGCUCAAUUUGACUUUUUCAAUAAGUUUGGGUGAAGUUUAAGUAACUUUUCAAUAUUUAGGCAUUACUCUUCUUUACAGGUAUUUUUGUGUGUGUAGGAGUUGCUUGAAAAUGAGCAGAAGUUGAGGUUGUUAAGAUUCUGGAGUUCAAAAACCCAUACUUUCUGGAUCAAAGAGUAUAGAGAAUACUGUUCCUCCGCUUUAAAUCUGUUUGGUUAUGAGAUCAGGUUAUUUUAAGUUUGUCCUCCUUUCAACAGUUUAGAGCAUGUUGGCAUAUUCAACUGAAUUUAUUGCCAUGGAGUAAAGUUACGGGAUUUACUUCAUGUUUAUUCUCAAAUAUAGUUUAAAAACCCAGAGUAAUUUACAAUAUUAAUUUAUAAUACAAAUUAUCCAGAGUCAAAUCCCAGCUCUGUCUUUGACUUUGCUGGAAAAGGAAUCUCUUGGACCCUUACUCUAGAUGUAGGUCUGGAGACCUUGCCUUACCACACCCUCCCCAAUGCUAUGUUUUUAAAAAAUUUUUAUUAUAAAUCUACACUUUCUAUGUUCAUAAAUGAAUGUAAUCUCGGAUGUUAGUGUGUGAUGGGAUGUACUUCACAACCUAAAAUGCAUUCUUUAAUCAGACCCUUGAACCUCAACCAGAAAUGACUUGUACCUUUUCGAUGUUAUUCUGGAAGUUGACCUCCGAGGAGCCGUUGUUCUCAAAUGCGCACUCAAACUGAAAAGAAACCAACAUCCAGACUCAUUAUUGGUUCGUGCUCUUUAAUGAGGCCAGGUUAAAUUCUCUGGAAUGAAGUCCACGAGGAGCAUUUUGCACAUUAUCUUUCCCAAAGUACUUUCCCAGUACUUUACUUUUUAGGCUUGUUUGUGGUUCUAAGCAGAGGAAGGAAAAAGAACAAGAGAAAUAUUAGAAGAUUAUUCCCUUCAAGUCUUCUGAUUCUGACCUAACUAUACUGGCUUCCCAUGGUAAGACUUAAGUUCCCAGUGCACUGGGGCCAUACUCUAUUCAUAUUAGGUCCAUAUUGUGGUGCAGUGCCCACGGAGGACAUCCAGUAGAUAGUCACUGAAUGACUAAAUCGUGCUGAUACUUUUUUUAGUUAUAGCUGAAUUGAAGAACUACAUUUUAGUUUCUUGAAUAAAUGCCAGGUUAUAACUAGAUAUCCUUAAUUUGAUAAUGGUUCAUUGGAAACAAGAUGGACUUUAAAUCUUCUGUCAGAAACUCUGUAACAAACAUGGCUCUCAGUGGCAAAUCAGCAAGUGAAUGCCCCAAGUCACCAUGCUAGCGUGGUAUCAGAGGUAAAAUUACUGUUUUAAGGCAAAGACGUGCACUAGUCAGAUCCAACAUUCAUGGCAAUCUAGUCACAAUAUUUAGAGAUGAAUCUGUGGAAUUCUGUAACUUAUUCUGAGCUUAAUUCUGUGGCAACACUAUUUUUCAGUAUUUGUUUCGAAUACACUGAUAUUGAGGGAAAGAAUGACCAACUUUGUCUGACACUAUCCUGGCCUUUCACUCUGUUUAUCAUUAAUGUUUUACAGGAAACUGUGGUACCUUGGAACCGCCUCACCAUAGACUUCUGUUAUGCUUAGAAUGGUGUGUACCGGACUAUGAAACAGAAUGUUAAGAUAAGAAAAUUCUUUUCAUGAAAGCACAUUAUUCCCAGGCUUUUUAAUCAGCCCACAGUGUAAAGACGUAUUUCAAGAGGAUCCUUAGAAGUCCCGACAAGCCUCCCCACAUGUGGCAGGUGCUGUGCUGGCCAGCGGUGACCCCAAGAUGAUGAUAAAUAUGUUCCUGCCCACAAGGAGCUAGCGAUCUACUGGGCAUUCCUUUUGCUGAUGACACGAUUCCUGUUUGCAUCUGUUUACAAGAUUCUGAAAGCUAAACAGAGAAUUUUGGCACUGUAUUGGACAAGAAAAAGCAUUGCAAGCUAUAGAUAAUAUCGAGGACAUCGGGAGUAGGAGAGAUUGGACUGGGAGACUCAACAGGAUGUCUUCCAAGCGACCAGCCUCUCCGUAUGGGGAAGCAGAUGGAGAGGUAGCCAUGGUGACAAGCAGACAGAAAGUGGAAGAAGAGGAGAGUGACGGGCUCCCAGCCUUUCACCUUCCCUUGCAUGUGAGUUUUCCCAACAAGCCUCACUCUGAGGAAUUUCAGCCAGUUUCUCUGCUGACGCAAGAGACUUGUGGCCAUAGGACUCCCACUUCUCAGCACAAUACAAUGGAAGUUGAUGGCAAUAAAGUUAUGUCUUCAUUUGCCCCACACAACUCAUCUACCUCACCUCAGAAGGCAGAAGAAGGUGGGCGACAGAGUGGCGAGUCCGUGUCUAGUACAGCCCUGGGGACCCCUGAACGGCGCAAAGGCAGCUUAGCUGAUGUCGUGGACACCCUGAAGCAGAGGAAAAUGGAGGAGCUCAUCAAAAACGAGCCAGAAGAAACCCCGAGUAUUGAGAAGCUACUAUCAAAGGACUGGAAAGACAAGCUUCUUGCAAUGGGAUCAGGGAACUUUGGUGAAAUAAAAGGGACUCCCGAAAGCCUAGCUGAGAAGGAGAGGCAGCUCAUGGGUAUGAUCAAUCAGCUGACCAGCCUACGAGAGCAGUUGUUGGCGGCCCAUGAUGAGCAGAAGAAACUGGCUGCAUCUCAGAUCGAGAAGCAGCGCCAGCAGAUGGAGCUGGCCAAGCAGCAACAAGAACAGAUUGCCAGACAGCAGCAGCAACUUCUGCAGCAGCAACACAAAAUCAAUUUGCUUCAGCAACAGAUCCAGCAGGUUCAAGGUCAACUACCGCCAUUAAUGAUUCCCGUAUUCCCUCCUGAUCAACGGACACUGGCUGCCGCUGCCCAGCAAGGAUUCCUCCUCCCUCCAGGCUUCAGCUAUAAGGCUGGAUGUAGUGACCCUUACCCUGUUCAGCUGAUCCCAACUACCAUGGCAGCUGCUGCCGCAGCAACACCAGGCUUAGGCCCACUCCAACUGCAGCAGUUAUAUGCUGCCCAGCUAGCUGCAAUGCAGGUGUCUCCAGGAGGAAAGCUCCCAGGCAUACCCCAAGGCAACCUUGGUGCUGCUGUAUCUCCUACCAGCAUUCACACAGACAAGAGCACAAACAGCCCACCACCCAAAAGCAAGGAUGAAGUGGCCCAGCCACUGAACCUAUCAGCCAAACCCAAGACCUCUGAUGGCAAAUCACCCACAUCACCCACCUCUCCCCAUAUGCCAGCUCUGAGAAUAAACAGUGGGGCAGGCCCCCUCAAAGCCUCUGUCCCAGCAGCAUUAGCUAGUCCUUCAGCCAGAGUUAGCACAAUAGGUUACUUAAAUGACCACGAUGCUGUCACCAAGGCAAUCCAAGAAGCUCGGCAGAUGAAGGAGCAACUUCGGCGGGAACAACAGGUGCUUGAUGGGAAGGUGGCUGUUGUGAAUAGUCUAGGUCUCAAUAACUGCCGGACAGAAAAGGAAAAAACAACACUGGAAAGUCUGACUCAGCAAUUGGCAGUUAAACAGAAUGAAGAAGGAAAAUUUAGCCAUGCCAUGAUGGAUUUCAAUAUGAGUGGAGAUUCUGAUGGAAGUGCUGGAGUCUCAGAAUCAAGAAUUUACAGGGAAUCCAGGGGGCGUGGUAGCAAUGAACCCCACAUAAAGCGUCCAAUGAAUGCCUUCAUGGUGUGGGCUAAAGAUGAACGAAGAAAAAUCCUUCAAGCCUUUCCUGACAUGCACAACUCCAACAUCAGCAAGAUAUUGGGGUCUCGCUGGAAAGCUAUGACAAACCUAGAGAAACAGCCAUAUUACGAGGAGCAGGCCCGUCUCAGCAAGCAGCACCUGGAGAAGUACCCCGACUACAAAUACAAGCCCAGGCCCAAGCGCACCUGCCUCGUGGACGGCAAGAAGCUGCGCAUCGGCGAAUACAAGGCGAUCAUGCGGAACAGGCGGCAGGAGAUGCGGCAGUACUUCAACGUUGGGCAACAAGCACAGAUCCCCAUCGCUACUGCUGGUGUUGUGUACCCGGGAGCCAUCACCAUGGCCGGAAUGCCCUCCCCGCACCUGCCCUCCGAGCACUCAAGCGUGUCCAGCAGUCCAGAGCCGGGAAUGCCCGUCAUCCAGAGCACUUACGGCGUGAAAGGAGAGGAGCCACAUAUCAAAGAAGAGAUACAGGCUGAGGACAUCAACGGAGAAAUUUAUGAUGAGUACGAUGAGGAAGAGGAUGACCCAGAUGUAGAUUAUGGGAGUGACAGUGAAAACCAUAUCGCAGGACAAGCCAACUGAUAAGGGUCAAAAGAUUGUUGCAACCUUAGGACUUAAAGAAGCCCUAGCUGGUUCAUCCUUACCAGUGGCCAAGCACAUUAACUUUCUCAUACACUGACUGUUACUUUAACUGUUAGUCUUAAAUAGUUGGGACAUCAGCUGACUAAUAGACCUCAGCCUCAAAAGGCUUGGAAAGGAAACAACAACAACAACAACAACAAGCAAACAACAAUAUCAACAACAAGAGAUUGAAAUAAGCUAUGGGUAAAAUAAUGCCAGUAAUUCAGCUGCUACAUUCAAGCACUGAAGUCUUACCCGUCAACUUUUUUUUUUAAAUAAACUUUAUGGCUGUUUGUUCUACAAUGUUCUAGAAAUUCUCACUCAGGUACACAGUGCCAACAAGUGGCUUGUGAAUGUGUUUUGUUGUUUUGUGCUACAAUUUUUAAAAAGAAUUAAGUUUUGCUUUGUUUUGGGAGUUUUCUGGGGGUUUUCCUUUUCUUUUUCUUUCCUUUCCUGUUUUUUUCUUUUUCUUUUUCUUUUUGUAAUGCACCUGACAGAAAAAAGAAAGACGAAUUUCUCUUUACUUCUCUCCACCUUCUCCAUCUCUGUACUUUAAAGAUGGAAGUCUGCGCAUGGGGGCGGGGGGAAGAGGGAAAAAGAGCCUGUUUUUAACUUCCUUGCUAUCCAUCGCAAAAUAAGCAAUUAUUUUCUUCAGAGGACUUUAUCUGUUGCACACCACACUACAUCUUUGAGCAAGUGCCAAAUUUGUACUGAAGUGUUGACCCAGUGCAUUUCUUUCCUUUUCUUUUUCCUGUUCCUUCUUAAGUUAGGACAGUGUUAUAUCUUAGACAAUCCCUUGAAAAACCUGAAAUACCAGCAGCUGGUGAGAUUUGACUUUUUUUUUAAUGGAAACUGUAGGUGCUGUUCUCAGGUGAAAAGAGAGAGAGAGAGACAUAAGAAAUUUAGAGAAAAAUAUUUUCUGAUCUUGGAUUUGUGUGUGUGCGUAUGUACGUGUGUGACUACGGUACUAAUAGGAAUAACGUUGGACCAUUGUGAGUUAAACCCACACCUGGGGAUGAAAUCCCACAUCCUCUUAAGUGACUGGUCUAGAAGCAACCUUGACCUUGACUUUGCACUUCAAAUGACAACUUAACCAAUAUAGGGCUCAGAAAUUAUAUUUUUAAAUUUCUAAUACGAUUAUUAUUGGAUGAAUCAGGUGGCCCUGUACAAGAGACGUGUGCAUGUAUAAUAUGGAAGCUACUAGCAAGCUGCUCCCAGAUGCCCCCUCUCCCUGGUCACUUGGUUUCACUAACGUUUGCUACUUAAUGAUUUCUGUUUGUUUUUCCUGUCGAUAACUUCGAGCAAAACAAUUGUUUUCCUUGAAUAUAUUUGCCCAUUUUGCAGAAGUAGAGAAUUAGCUUAUUUCUUCAACAUUCCCUCCUCUCCUGAUGAGGAAAUGGAACUGAUGAUUUCAUAAGGUAUUUUUCAUCUCUCCAUUACAUGAGGUGGAGGCCAUUUGCAUUUCAGAAUUGUAGGCCACAUGCCUCUCAUGCCAAAAAGCAGGAUUUGAUUAAAAGUCAUCGCAGCCCAGCACAAUGGAGCCUAGCUGAACCCCACGAUCUUUGCCGCCACUCUUCCCUCGCUGUCAGACGAAUCCACUGGAGUCCAAGUUUAGGUUCCAGCAGAGUACGUGCUCUAUAGAGCGACGACGGAUGGCGACGGGACUGCUUGUUUAAAUGUUGCCAGCCAAAUGCUAAGGCGGUAGGGCUUGUAUAAAUAAAUGCAAACUCGUUUAAAGUCAGUUGCCAUUGUUCGUGCAGAAGUAUCAGACAGUAAAUGCUCCCACCGGUGGUUUGGUGCGCUAUGGUUUCAACUCCAGUCAUCGCUUUCUUAUCUCGCCCCCUCGAAACCCAACUCUAAAAUUUGAUUUUUACAUAUAAAUAAGGAAAAAAUCCUUUUUAUUUUUCUCUCUCUCAAAAGAUUUGCUCUGGGGUUUUGCUUGGAGGAGCUGAUCAUAUCCUGCAUGUCAGAGACUUUGUUUUGUUUGUUUUUCUGUUUGUUUUUGAUGACUGUAUUUUCAUUUGAACUGCCUCUUUUUUGCUAGUGUUGUAAUAAUGAUGAUGAUGAUAAAAUAAUAAUAAUAAUAGUAAUAAUAAUAAUAAUGGUCAGCUGUUCCCAGAUUAGUAAGUUAUGUAUAAUUUAUUUCUCCCUUUCUAUUCUAUCCUGCUCUGAUUUGGAAGUGCAGCCAAUAAGCUGUUAGAUAUUUAAAAUGAAUUUCCACACAUACACACACACACACAUAUCUACCCAGAUAAUUUUACUGCUCCUUCCAUAAGUUUUCUCCUUUAAAAAAAUUUGGCCCCAAUAAUGUCAAGUUCUGGUGUUUAAUUCAAAGGAGUGAAUUAAUAGGAGGGUCGUAUUCGAUCUUAAUUAACUUAUGCUCUCAUAGUCAUUUUAGUUAUUUAAUUGCCUCAGUCAUCUAGAGCCAAUUUUUUUUUGUUUUUGUUUGUUUUACUUUGUUUUUAAGCACUCUGGAUAAGAAAAAAUUAGACACUUGUUUUUAUAUCGUUAUUAUGUACAAUGUGAAAACAGAUUUUAAAAAAUUUGUUCUCUGUCUUCAUUAAGAAAUUCUCUCUGAUUUAUGUGGGUUCACCUCUCACGUUUGCUGGAUACUUACUUUACUCCAUGUUAUAAAAAUACUUGGUUUUCAUUUCAUGACUUUGGGCUACAAGGAUACUUUGUUUUAGCUCCAGGUAGAUGCCACUUGAGGGCAUUCACGGCUGAAACCAAUUCUAACAUGCACACCAGUGAAUCGACAAGACACCCCUGUCCUUUUCGUUUGUUUUUUAGUUGGUUUUAUUUAAAAGGGAAAAACUGUUAAUAGUGACCUUUAACUGCUGAAAUUCAUAAGUUAAUUUUAUUUAGUUAAAUUUAUAUUAUAGGAGACUAAACUGUUCAUGGACUGAAACAAAAAACACGUUCAUGACCCAGCAUUAUAGUCUCUUGUUCUUAUAUCUCAUUGGUGUUACAAUUUCUUUGCCUUAGUUUUCCCCAAAAGAAACAAAAAAUUACAUUAUUGUUUAAAGUGCUUUCAAGUAUUUGAUAAAGGUGCUAUGAAUAGCAACAUACUGUGUUAACACAUUGCCUUUUUGGCAUUUGAUUGGUUUAUAAUUUUUGUAAAGGAUCCUAAAACCUUGUAUUCUUUUUCUGUGCCCCACGGUGACCAAAAAAGAUAAGGCAGAGGAAAUGAAAGCAAUAUCAAACUAAAAUGACCAUAAUCUCCCUCCUGUUCCCUUCCUUUCCCUACUUCUGCAUUCACCUCUCUCUCUCUCCCCACCCCCCCGGCUCCCUCCCCGCUCCCCCUCUCCCUUUUCCCCCUCCCUCUCAAACACACACAUACACACCAGAACUGAAGAAUAAUUGUGCCAGAAUUCUGCUUUUUAUGGCUGUUGUACUCAGUUCCUCUAGAAACAGUCAUGUUUUAAUAUGAAUCUAAGAGAACAUUACUGGAGAAAAGGAAGUAAAAGUUGCUCAUUUAGAAGUUACUCAUAAUCCAGCUAAUUACUAUAAUUGGUUAAAAUACAAAAAGUAUUCUUGAGUACACUUAAACUAGUUCAGUAAAUUUUAAGCAUUUAUUUGGCAUCUGCAGUUAAGAGUUAACCAUAUAUAAAAUCCCACCCCCCCAAGAACAUAAUUAUUAUUGAAACCAAAACCUCUUACAAGGAACAAAUACAAGUUUUCUUUGAUGAAAUCAUUUCAUAGCUUUGGUUUCUGGAGUAGACCUUUACCUUAAUUCAUUUACAGGUAAUUAUCUUGAAGUGUUUCAUGGCCCAAUUUCAGAUAUUUUCUUAAUCCAGAAGUUGUUACUGUUCCCAGAAGAAACUUCUCCUAUCACAUUGAAAACAUCACAGAUAAUUUUCAAUCAUUCUAAUAGGUAAAUUAUUGAAUUGUAAUAAACUAUAUAUUUACAAGCAAGUUUAUAAGAUAUUUGUUUAUCAAGUUAAUAGUAAAAUAAAAAUUAUGGGGUCUGCAAAGAAAAAUAUGAAGCCCACUUAAAGUGGUUCAGAUAUCUCUUUGUCUUAUGGGGCAUAGGUUUUUGUUUAGACAGGCUUUCACAGUAUUUAAGUUUAAAAAUCCCUGUAACGAUCAGUUUCCCAGGUUGAAAAUGAUGUUGUGUUGAGUUUUCUACUGAUUGAUUCCUGCCCUCCCCAGUGUUGCUGUCACUGGUUCACUAAACAGUAUUUAUAUAGCUCCACUGGCUCUAAAGCUCUUCGUCCUUCUAACAUUUUGGAUUUUAUGAGUGAAAAUGGUAAAAAAGUAGAAAAGAGACAAUCAAAUGCCUGGAGCUUAAAACAAAGUAUGUGCAACCUACCAUCUCACUUGAAAUUUAAUAAAAUAAAUAAUUAUGUAAAUAUAACAUAGAGUUAUAGAUUUAUAUUUUGUUCAUAACACAUAGUGUAAUAUAAGUUGUAUAUUUUCAUGUUUUUGGUUUUAUGUUAUCAUUCAUGCCACAAUAAAAAUAAAACAGGAGUUUAUGCGCUCUUAAAAAAAAAAAGAUGUGGGUUGCCACCAACCUGUUUUUGUUUUUGUUUUUUUGUUUUUGCAUUCUCUUUUUUUCAGUAUUACUGCCAUGCAAGGCACCAAUAAAAACAGCAAAUGUGUUCUUUACAUAUUA